ACGUCAGAUCACACAGCAUUACAGCUGAACAGCUUGUGGGGUAUGCUGUCAGGAAGGCUAUCUUUAGGAUCUGUUUUAAGCCUUCACCGAAGCCUGACCGAAGCGGACCCUGACACCCCGGAACAACUCAAAUAAAAAUGUCUGCCUUGGGUCCAACUGUCAGUGACAGACCAGUACUGCAUCGACGUGAUUUUGAAGAAUUGGAGAACCGCCGGAGAAGAUUUCACUCACAUCAUGCGGUGAAGCGCGAUGUAGAGCCAGCUAGGCAGGAUGCGCUCAGGGAGGGCCCGUCUGGAUCGGGCCCGCAGCCGCCCCCGGUGGACGACUGCGAGAAGCUGGGGACUCUGUUCGGCGAGCUGAACAAGUGCCUCCGGGGCGUCGGCUUCACGCAGGUGUACUUCGGGGAGAAGAUCGUGGAGCCGGUCGUCGUGGUGUUCUUCUGGGUGAUGCUGUGGUUCCUGGGAAUCCAGGCACUGGGACUGGUCGGCGCGCUCUGCAUCGUCAUCAUCUACAUUCAGAAGUAAUGUUCGGAGGCGAACGGCCGACACUUCGGGGGAAAGGCGUUCUCUCGGGACGGAGGACCGGGGGGGGGGGGGGGAAAGGGGGGGCGCUCUGUCUGUGGAAUGCCGGCUUCCGUUGUGCGUUUCGGGGCUCCGGUGUCGCAGUCUUCAGGGAAGUGCAUAUCAGGCAGGCGUGACGUGGUGAUGACGGAGCGACGGAUGGGCGGAGCUGCCACCGAUUUGAACCUGAACCAUUGUUUUUCGGUGGAUGGCAAUGUCUUUUAAUCGGUUCGUUCAAAAAAAGCAAAUAAUUGACAGCCGACUGCUGUACAUAUUUGGUCGACCCAUGGAACUUCAGUCUCACGUCAACAGUGUGAAGUGCCAAGCUGAAUGUUAUUUAUAAUAAAAUAUAUAUGAGCGUUGGGUUUUGGUAGCUGGAGAGUAAUUUAUUUAAAUGAUUCAAAUGGAAAAAAUCAUAUAUAUAUAUAUAUCACAUUUGGAAGAUGGAAUUCAUAUUUGUAAGUAGCAUGGAUUGUUCUAUCAUUAAAUUGCACUUUGCAGUAGCAGGGCUGCUUUUACACUAAGUAUCAAACCCCUUCGGCACGACCCUGCUUGUAUGAAGAUGUUUAAAUUUUAAGUUUUGGGAGACUUAGUUAUCAUGCUGAAACUGCCGUGGCAAUGGAAAAUCCUGGCAGGUCCUCUCUCUUGGUUGAAGGUAACAAGGUUUUAUCGUGGGGGGUGUUGUGCGAGAGUCUGCCUACUAGUACCAACCCUCUGGCCAGGGAGCAGUCUAACACAGGGGGCGGGGAAAGAGGUGGUGGAGCCUUAGUUCCAGACGUAUGGUUGUAGGUGUUUGUGUCUCCGAGGCCUAGCCCCCCCUAAAAUAGUUCUGGGGGGGGGGGGGGGGGGGGGGUAUGGUCCCAAAAAAAAGUGGGGGAAAAUUUUGUUUGUGGCCAAAAAAGUAUAAAACUGUCAUGACUUUAAACGUAAGUCCAUGUCAUUAGAAUAUUUAAUGGGGCUAUUACUGAAUUAGGCACCCCUCCCCAAAAAAAGGGGGUAAAAGCUAAGGGAGCUAGAAGAGGGCUUGUCCUUGCGCAUAGUUGCGCAGAAUGGAGACACGAGCAUGUUUAGGCUAUCCGUUUUAUAUCAUAUUAUUAAUCUAUGCUUUGUACACGCAAUUCAUAUCUCUAGAUCCACAUCAUCGGUUUCACAUGGUAGGCCCUUUCUUGUUGUGUAAUGGAGGGGGGAAAAAACUGUGGUUAGCUAGAUUAGUGAGAGCGGAUAGGAUAUGAAAGCUCUAAUGACACAGAACGAAAUCAAAACCACAAUGAGGGGUAAUGGCAGCCUUCUCUGAUAAAUGUUUGUCCUUCAGCAGACAAUAGCUGAAGAUGUACAUGAAGGUUUCUAUAAUCAGCAGAGCAUGCCUUGUUAUAAACCUUCUGCAUGCCGUGAAGCGGAAAUGUUUUCAGAGCGAACUGGUUUUCGUAUGGGAAUGAGAAACUAUUUCAGAUAUUUACCAGAAAUAGAGACGCUCAGCCUGACCGUUUCUCACUCGCAAUGGAGGUGACGGUGCACACUGCUAUUUGUAGCUUUUGUGGUUGGGGCAGGAGCGUAAACACAUCCUUUGUUAUACAUCUGCUGGCUUAGCGCUUUUCUUUAGAAGUCAACAUUUGAAUCGCACCUUGUUAAACCCGUCACAGUGACCCGAAAACGAGGCUAGCUUUUAGGCGCUCCACACCUCAUCCCUGGUAUGCGAAAGGAGGGCGUGUCAAGAGUUUAGGCUGCUGUAUCUGCCCAAGUUUAAUCUGGCGUUAAUGUUUAACUGCUCUUCGAGCGCCCGCUCUUCGGUCGGACCCGAGGCAGACUUCUGACUUUCGUUCUAAUCCCCCCCCCCCCGUAUAUAUACGCACCGAGACCGAGACACUCCCCCUUCGCAGAGCGAUGUCAUAUCUUAUCGUGUUUUAUGGUGUUCGGGUUUUUAGCGUGUCUGUUUCCAGACCCGGAAUGUGAGCGAGCAAAGGAACGCCUCGGGGCGGUGUUCACCGCUGUACCCCCCCCCGGGGUGUCAGGGGACACCCGGCCGUUUGUUAUUCAGCACGCGAUUGAUAAGUUACAGCGGUUUAUUCCAGCUAACUCACCUCGCCCUGGCUACGUGGGUCUGUUCUUGUUGCUGACUUUGAGGCACGAAGAAAUGCCAGCUAGGGCCCGGGGCUCUCAAACAGGAUGGGAUGAACACCUCUGAGCUAGCACACAGGAAGGCAGUCAAAAUAGCCAGUGUUCUCCCCGUACAGAAAUAAAUCCACUUUCCCAGUACAGGCCAUGGCUGCUAUAUCGUGGCUGUUAUAUGCCAUGUUGCUGCGGAAGAACGCGCUGUGGAUAUGUACGUAUAAAGUGAACAGGCUGUGUGGGGCUUGGAGGUGGAAGUGUAGUAAGCAGUGGACAAUCCACAGUUGAGGCCAAAGUGUCUUCGUGGUGGGGCAGCCGUACCCGAUCCACGUCACACAGCAACGGGACGGUUUGUGUUGGCCGGGGGGGGGGGGGCAACUGUGAGCCAGUAAUCGGCAGCAAGAUCAGAGGUUGUAUUCACUUUCAGCUCCUGCAUCUCUUCCACCCUCUAACUCCUAUAUCCCCCAGCUGUGCCCAUAAAAAUGGGACCAGACAGACUUGUCAUAUGGCCCCAUCGGUGGCAAGUUGUAGCUAAGCUGCUUCGCUCUCUCACAUGACCACUUAGGAACCGAUGGGCCAGUUUUUAUAAGCCAGGGGUGGGAAAUUCUGGUAGGUCAGCAAGUCAUAAGUUGGCAGGUUGCAGCAGUUUUGAGAUUUAAAAAAUGGCAGUUAGGAAGUUUAAGGUUUAGAAUACAGAGCUUCCCCCCUGGUCUAUACAGGUUAUCUGAGGUUAUUUUGUGGCUCAGCCUUUCAUGUAUGUAAGUAUGUAAAUGUGGUGGCAUAGGAAGUGUGCAAAACUCCAGACGGUUAAGAGCCAAAAUGGCUGACUUCCCCUAUUCUCUGAGGUCCAUAAGAGCUUUGCCUGAAACAAGGAACAGAGUACGCAGUCUGCUUCCAAAGUGUGUGAAAAUGCAUGGCUCAAGGUAAAAACCUCAUAUGGAAACUUUAAUAAAAAAACUUUAAUAGUUCACUUUGGUUUCACCCUAAACCUGGAUUCAGUCACUUGUUCUCAACAUUGGCUUCAAACAUUGGGAUUGCAUUUUUUUUACUUCAUGUCACUCAAACCGUGCGAUUUAAAAAAAAAAAAAAUAGAAAAAACAUUACAUUUAAAUUUAAGCAUAAGUCAAUGUUAAGUUACGUUUUGACUAAAUACAGCCCAAACUAAACUGAUUUUGAGGGCAUAUUUCAUUGUGCAAGAAAGCCUUGUUGGCCAAAGCAUUCCAUGGACUGUUCUAAUCUCCUUCGGGUUCACGUCACCAUAUCAGAGAAUCUUUCAAAUGUAAACUGUCCUGUCUCCAUGCUGCAUUUUUUGUCAUCUGGUUUUGUUUGAAGAAGAAAUAAUUUGAUUGGAAAUGGAUCCUGUUUUAACAUUUUAUAUUGCAAAUGACUUUGAAAAAAAAUACUGUAUCCAUAUCUGCACAAAUUAAAGAAUAGUUAAAUAAAGGUUAUGUUUUUAAGAAAUA